AUGGACCGCGACGAUCCCGCGUCCCAAUUCUUUCCUGGAGAAGAGUCUGUCGACCUCUACGCUGUUCUCGAGGUUAAGUCAGACGCCAAAGCCGACGAUAUCAGGAAAGCGUACCGCUGCCUGGCCCUGCGAUACCACCCAGACAAGCAUUCCACCUCGGACGAGUCUGCGAAGGCCGAUGCGUCUCUGAAGUUCCAGCAAAUAGGAUUCGCAUAUUCAAUCCUGAGCGACGAGAAGAAGAGGGAGCGUUAUGAUCGGAUGGGUAGAACGGACGAGGGCUUUGAUUUGGGCGCGGGAGAAGACGGCUGGGAAGCGUACUUCGAGGAGAUGUUUGACCGCGUCACGAAGGGCAAACUGGAUGAGAUGAAGAAGGAAUACCAAGGCUCUUCCGAGGAGAAGGCAGACCUCAAGAACGCUUACAUAGAGACGGAUGGUAACAUCGCGGAGAUCGUGAAUCACAUUCCUCACUCCACUCACGAGGAUGAAGCCCGCUUCAUCGUCGUUAUAACAGAGCUUAUCUCGAAAGGCGAGCUACCAGAACUGCCUGCAUGGAAGACUGGUAUACACGACGAGAAAGCUAAGCUAGUGCGCAAGAAACAGGCUGACAAGGAGGCGGCUGAGGCGGAAGAGCUCGCCAAGGAGCUGGGCGUGUGGGAUGAGUUUUAUGGCAGCGGCAAGGCUGGCCCACGGAAAACCAAAGGCAAAGGGAAGGGCAAAAAACAGCAGGAGGCAAAUGCGGAGGAUGGCGAAGACUACUCCGCUCUCCAAGCCCUUAUACAGAAGAAGAGGAAGACUAUGGACGGCUUCUUUGACUCUCUGGCGGCCAAGUACAGCGAGCCCGAAAGCAAAUCCAAAAGCAAAGGGAAUAAGAGGGGUAAGGUCGAACCCGAUGAAGAUGAGGAACUCGAUGCCUCACCCAAGAAGAAGUCGAGGAAAGGCGUGCCGCCCCCACCAGAGAUCGACGAUGAAGAAUUCGACAAGCUACAGGAAAAGCUCUUUCGUGACAAGGACAAG